AUGUCAAACUCCCCAGGCGAAGACGAACAAGGUUUUGCCUGCCAUCCUUCCGCCCCUCCUCACGAGUCAUUCGAUGUAUCAACCACAGUUGAUCCCAGUUACGUUAUAUCUCUGAUAAGGAAACUUGUUCCAAAAACUGAGACACCAGCAAGCGAAACACAGGCUGAGGCUGAAAACUGUGGUGAUCAAAGUAAAUGUGCAUCGGCUGUAGAAAGGACAUGGGAAGAGUGUGGAUGUGUUCUAUGGGAUCUUGCUGCUACUGAAGAUCAUGCUCAAUUUAUGGUUCAAAAUCUUAUCCUCGAUGUGCUUCUGGCUAAUCUUGUGGUUCCUCAAUCCUCACGCAUUACGGAAAUUAGUCUUGGAAUAAUAGGAAAUCUCGUCUGCCAUGAAAUAUCGCGUAAACAAAUAGCUUUGACAAAUGGAUUGGUUCAAGUGAUAGCGGAGCAGUUGCUUCUAGAUGAUGUACCUUGUCUCUGUGAAGCGUGCAGCGAAGGUGCUAUUUGGGCAGAAGUUUUGCUGGCUGAGCAGACCCUUACUCGUAUUUUCUGGAUUGCUGAAAAUGCUCUGAAUUCACAGCUGCUUGAAAAAAUUGUAGGUUUACUCUUGGCUGUUUUAGAAAGUCAACAGAAAGUGGCAGCUAUUCUUAUUCCACCUAUGUUGGGAUUGGGCCUUUCUGGUCUUCUGAUCAAACUCUUGGCUUUUGAAAUGACCAAGCUAAAAGAGGAGCGGGUGCCAGAUAGGUAUGCUGUACUGGACUUGGUCCUUCGUGCAAUUGAAGCUUUGUCCACUAUGGAUGAGUAUUCCAAAGAAAUUUGUCUGAAUAAAGAGCUUUUGCAACUAAUAAGAGAUCUAAUUGAACUUCCUGAUAAAUUUGAGGUAGCCAGCUCUUGUGUAACAGCAGCAGUGUUGAUAGCUAAUAUUCUUACUGAUGCAGCUGAUUUAGUAUCUGAGUUAGCACAAGAUUUGAAUUUCCUGCAGUGUUUAUUUGGCGUGUUCCCAUUUGCAUCUGAUGAUACAGAGGCACAGAAUGCCAUUUGGAGCACCAUUGCAAGAUUAUUAUUGUUCUUCGAGGAAAGUGAGAUGACCCCAUCAAUCUUACACUCUCUUGUCUCAAUUCUUGCCCGCAAAUUUGAUCUCAUAGAGGAUGAACUCCUCUUCCGCCCGUUGGAUGGUGGAGAAAAUAAGAGUGUUGAGACCUCUAGCACGAAAAUAAAUGCUAGACACAUUGCUAUGAAACGAAUUUCGAAUAUUUUGACUCGAUGGAAAUCUGCAAAUGAUGGCGUAAAGAUGACUCCUCGCAUGGGAGACUGCUAUGUCAGUGAUGUAGUAGUUGAUAAAUUGUUGAAUUUACUGCAGUAA